CGAUAAUCACGUACAGAUAAUUUUUUCUUUAGAUGGUUUUAACAAUUCAACGACGACGCCAAAGUCAGAAUGGCCAGGGUUUCGAGUUCUACUCUGUUUCUAAUAUUCUUCUUUUUAACCGAUGCUUUUGCCAGUGAGAGUUAUACCAAUGUAUGGGCCGUAAAAUUUCGUGGUAAUCAGGAAGAAGUCGAGCGGUUUGCCUUGAAAAAUAAUCUGAUCUACGAUAGACAUGUAGGUAUUGCGUCGUUUUGUCAACGUUUCGCCCGAUUUCAGGAGCGUAAAUAAACUUGAGUAUCAUCCUAAACUUUUCUUGAAAAAGGUAGAACCUUUCACUGAAUUAAUUUUUGGUAGAUACCGGCAGUUGAAAUUAUUUCGGGCUUGAAAUGUAGCCUUAUUUUAUUCGUACACGGCUGUGAUUGUCUGUAAAGACGAAUAUUUCUGCCGGUGUACUUAAGCUUUCUGAAAAAUUGAUAAAAUUUUAAGUUACGAUUGCAUAAAUAUAGCUUCAGCUUGUUUAGGAGAAAUUCCAAUUCUUAAAAAUGUUUUAGUCAGUCGUUAGUACGCAAAUGCAAGUCUUUUUCCACAUUUACUGAACAAAUAUGGUUUUUAAAUAAGCUAGUCCAAGGAGCAAUUGUGUGAUAGGACAUGAAUAGUAAAUGUGAUUUUUGGUGACAAAAAAUACACGCUCAGAGCCACAGUAUCAGCAGCAGGGUUACAUGAUGUCAAGCAGGCCAUAUGACAAAUUUUAAGGAUUGUACAUGUAAUUGUCUACUACAUUGGUACUUUUGAGAUUUUGGCCAUGAAAUGAAAAAAUGAAAAAUUUCAAUGUGAAACAUCUUCAUUAGCUACAAUAGGUGUUUUAAAAAUCAUUUGAAAUUAAAAUAACUUAGUCAUGCAUAUUUAAUAAAGAUUUUAAAAAGUAAUAUUAAAGCACUUCAGUUGUCAGUGAUAAAUUGAUGAUAGGUCUGUUCACCUCAUGAGGUGUGAAAAGACAAGGGUGAGCCAUGAGCAAUCCGCCAUUUUGACUUUGAAGUUGCAGUACCUGGUUUAACUCUAGUUUGGAUUUGUUCUUUUUGUCAUCUUCACUUGAACUUGACUUGAUAAUGCCACUUCAUACUAGAUGUUGUGCUGGUCCUUGUGACAAUGACACUUGUGGUUAAAAGAUCUCUUGCUGACAAGUUAAGGUGGCACAUAAUUCAAGCUCUAACCAUUUCCCAGCUGGAUGUAGGACCAGUUGGAACCCAGAAACAGACUUUCCAGCAUUUUUCUUAACAGUGUGAUAAAAGAAGAAGUUUCCUCAGACUUCCAAGAAACUAGUUUGCAAUCAGGAUCUUGUUAGUGGUGUGAAUUAAUAAAAUAAAAAAACCUGGACCAUUAUAAUUUCCUCUCACAUUUGCACACUGUAAUGUGUCAUUGCAGAAUUGGGGCUAAAUUUACUGACAGCAUGUCCUCAGAGAAAACUUUUGUACUUGAAGAUAAGGGUGAUUUAAUUCUGUGGACAUUUUUCAGCUCAUUGAGGACUAUCAUACCUUAAAAAGACCUGAUCUGCCUAAAAGUUCUCAAAAGACAAAGCUGUCAUUGGAGAUUGAUAGCAAGUUGCUUUCGGAGCAAAAGGUACAUUUGUUUAUAUUAUACAUGUACAAGUCAAGAUGUAAACUUUUGGGUGGGAGAAGGAGAUGCACUGCUACUUGAAUGAACAGAUAAUUCAUUUCUGUAUGUCAGACCGAAUAAUACACUUGUUGCAGACUUUGUGCCUUCCUGAUAUUAAGGAAUUUGAGAAAUAUGCAAUGGAAUAUUUUGUGUCUCAAUGAUAUAACCAUUUUAAGAAUUAUUGAUUAUUUUAUUAAUUAUUUUAUUUCCUUGGUAUUCAGGUUGAGUGGUUUAUGCAUCAGAAGGUGAAAAAGUAUAAACUGUUUUCAAAUAAACACCCUGAAAUACCUUGGUACAUUGUAAGUCAUUUUUAUUGACAUUUUUAUUGGUUUUUGUAUUUUAUGAUGGUAAUGAUAAUGAACCUGAUGAUAGUCUUGCCCUAAUUUUAACUUACAUUUCAAAUUUUCCAUUUGGCAAUCUAAAAUCACAACAGAAUUGCCAGAAGAAGGAUUCCAAGUGGCAAAAGGACACCUUAUGCAAGAUUACAUUACACACUCUACUGCUGACAUCUCCACUUCUCUCUGAAAUGAGCUCAAUUAGGUCUGUAACUCUGUGAAUGAUUACAAAAGCAGAGGAACACAAAGUGGGAGUCUAAUUUGUCAAUCAUGAGUAUCAUUACCGACUGAAUUUGAAAACAGAAAAUUUGUUACUAAUAAAUUAUAGCCAUGACAACUUCUGAAGUAAAAGAAAUACAUUUGUUUUAGACAUGGUCUAAAAUUAAAAACUCCUCCAUUUCAAAAUUCCCUAGUUUUGUAGAGUAAGUGGUUGUUACUAUGGUCAUUGUGAUCAAUUCCUGUGAUUGGUGGAUUUAGCUGAGAGGACUUAGUAUGAUUGGCUGCUUAUUUAAAACUAUCAGAUUACAGGUGUUCGAUCGCAGCCAACUGUGUGCUUACACUAUCAGAUAACUUGACAGAAUAUUUGGUGAAAAAAUAAAACAGCUAAUGCACCAUUCACAUUAAGGUAUUCCUCAAGGCUUAAUGGUUUUUUUUUCACAUAUUAAAGAUAAUUGAUGAACUGGUCUCCUUGCAAAAAUAUCAAUUGGAAGAUGCUAUGUUUACAAAAUAUAUACAAUUGAAGUUUUUUUUGAAGGAAGAAUUUUGUUGUAUAUAGAGAUGUGAUGCUGGAGUAAACAUGCUUUUGUGUUUUAACUGCUGAAAAUAGGGAUAGUAGGCAUGGAAAACAUGGUUAUGAUGAAAAACAAGGAGUUUCCUCAAUCUUAAGGCCAGUUAUCAGUCAGAGAAGAAAACAUGUCAUGAUAAGACCCUACAUUCAUCAACUUUACCACUGAAUGAUAUUUUGCCCAGGUUUGAAACUUGGCAGGGGAAAACUACAAGGAAAAACAAAACUUUUAGCCACACUGGACUCUUAAGAAUGGAUUGUUUCUCAAAUCAAGUUAUUUUACUUUUUGGGUAGUGGAAAUUUUAUAAUUUCAGCCAAAAAACAGUUGAAAUGUAAUACUUCAAGUGACGGCAAAAUUAAUCAGAUAACUUAAAUGUGUCUUUGGAAUUAAACUAUGUGAAAACUGUCCAACUGUCCUCUAGGAAUACUUUAAUUGUAAUGAUUGUGAUCAGAACUGGUAGUGUUGUGUCUUCAUUCCUCUCCUUGUCUUUAAUGAUAACGUAGCACCAAUUGGGGUUAAUUGACAUCCUUCUCUGUAACCUAGGUGUUAAAAGUUUUAUUUUACCUACCAUGGCAACUAAAAUGAUCACAGCUUGAAGUAUGGGAUGACAUUGCUUAAUAUCAUUGAUAAUACUUCUUAUCAGGCUUACUUUUAUUCUCAUUUUUUGGAUUAAAGAAUAGACCUGAGGGAUCCCAAGGCCCAACAUUGAAUGUUAUUUCUGCCUGGAAGGCAGGAUACACAGGAAAAGGAAUUACAGUGGCAGUAGUUGAUAAUGGAGUUGAUGGCAAUCAUCCUGAACUAAAGGAAAACUAUGUAAUUAUUUUUGGCUCAUUCUUAUGUUUUGUUUUUCUUUUACAUUGAAUUCAAAAGAACCCUAAUUGGCCUUGUUGGUAAUGAAGUGAAUUUUAAACAAAAUUAAUUUGUGCUGAAUGGGAAGGCAAUAUGUAAUGCUUAAUUAAUUGGUUAUUGGCGCAUACAUGAUGGUGCUAUUUGCUUGACAUGCAUUUGCAUUUAAAAGUGCAGCAGUGAUAGAAUAACAUGUGUUGUGAUCCUGUUUUACCCCUGUACUUGAAUGUUAGUUUGUAACUCUGAGGUUCAUACUGAGGAUUGGAAAGACACCAACACAUUAAAGUUACUUCUUUCCAUUACAACUAGUUUCGUCUGUAGGACAGAUAAACCUAAAAGGAAAUAAAAGCAAAUCUCUCUUUUUACAUUUAUUAUACAGUGUUAAUACUUUCUUGCAGAAAACAAUGUAAAUGUUUACACAAAUCCUCUUUAGAGACAAAGACAAAAAUUUCUCUAUAAGUAUUUUGAUGGGAAGAUGGUUUUCCUUGGAAUAAUUUGGUCCCUUUAAUAGUAUUAAACUGCACAUUACAAUUUAUUAUGAAUGAAAUAAAUUUGAGCUUAAGCUAAAUGAAAGUUUUUUUUAAUGACAGGCAUUCUUAAACCAAGAUUUUUGUUUGUUGAUGUAUUUUGUAUUUAAUAUUUUUCAUCAGAGAAGUGACUUAAGUUUCGAUUAUGUGAAUAACCAUCCCUCAGAUCAUGGAGCAUCUGUAUCUGGGUAUGUUGAUUGUUAACUAACAUACAUGUAACUUCAUUUAUUGUAUCUGUGUGUUGAAAAAAAGUAAACUAACAGGGUACCAGUAUGCAGUUAUGGCUGGGUGUGUAAUCAUAAUCAACCAAACAGAAAAUUUCGAAACAAAAUUCUCAAAAAAAUUUUAAAUAAUUUAAAUGAUCACUUAAAGCUCAUUGGUAAGUUUGUUUGUACAUGUAUGUAAAUUGCUUUUUUUGGUGUUUUUUUUUUUUUCGGAGAGCAUGUAUGGCUUACUUUCAUGAUACUGAAAAUGCUUAGUAAUUAUUGGAUGGGGUUGAACAUGAUAACAUGAAUUACCAAAACUGAGGUCUUGGUUACAUGUUGAUGUAUCAAUGAAACCAUUUACUAUAUGUACUGAAUCUGCUGAAGGCAAAGGCUGAGGCUGAUAACACAGACAUGAGGUUUGAUAAAUAGAGGUAAUAAGACUGAGUGAAGUCCCAUUGUGUCUGUAAUCAUACUUGUGAUGACAAAAUUGGACAACCAUGGAGCAGGAGUCCAAUUUGCUUUUGAAAAAAAAGGGAAAGUUUGCAUUAAAAGAGUGACAAAGGAGGUCUGUACACUGUUUCUAUGGUGAUUGAAACCAAGGUUGUGAUUGGUUGAUUUAAACUACAAUUUUGAAUGUGAUUGGCUUAUUGAACUGUCCAAUAAUAAUUUGGCAAGUGAAUAAGUAGAAAGUAGGAGUUUUUUACCAGUCAUGAUAUAGUGCAAAAAACCAAAUUCAAUUAUUAUUUUAUUACACAUUUGUUUAACAAUCUGCAAAAGAAGACAACUCUUUUUGAAUUUGAAAAAGUUUGAGAACACUUCAAAGAUAAGGGGCGUGGAAAUUAGGCAGACUCUGAACUUAGACAUAACAAAUAAUGUACCUGCUUCAGAAAAUGGGUUAUCAUGUCAGCUUCACAUGUUAUUGUAUCUUGGUGGUAUGUUCUUGGCCAAUCAGAUUUUUCAUAGUAUUAGUCCAAUGUGUAUAUCUAACAAGCUCAAAUGGAAUAGUUGUUUCACUAAAAAUUUCACUAAAUUUUAAACAUGGAUAUGGAUAUUUGGAGCUUUAUGAAACCAAAUUUUCAACUCCACAACACCUAGAGCAAGGCAUCUCCAUAUAAGGUGACUUAGAAUGUGAGCUGAUAACUGGAGUUGAAUGAACCAGUUAGAAGAUUAGAAAUGAAAUAUCCAAAAGCUACAAGUGGGUAAUGGACAAGGAGGGUGUGGAUGUUAUUGUGUCAGAUGUUGAAGUUUGUGGGGUGAAAUUAUCUGGACUGUAUGUAAAUCAAUACUGCAGUUGAUAAGUAUUUCAGGUCAAACACUUGUUAAGAUCAGCUUAAUGUAGCUCAAACCUACAAGAAAUAAAAUAAUAUAAAUUUCAGAUGAUUUAUUGAGACAUUACUAUCGGAUUACCAUUUGAAUUCUGAAGGUCAAGGAUUAUGUUAUCUACCAAAAUCUUCAGUGUUAGUUGAUAUCACAAACAAACUUGAUAUCACAGUUGUGUGAGGAAGCGAGACCAAUAUUUACGUAAUGCAAUUUACUUGUAGCCAUGGCAAUAAAUGUGCAGGUGUCAUAGCUGGAAAACGUGGUAAUGAUUUAUGUGGAACAGGACUGGCUUAUGAAGCCAGCAUUGCAGGUAAAAGCAUCACCCUAGUAGAUUAAUUUUACUGCCUUUUCGCUCCUAUAGGAUACUACACAGGUUGUUGAAGAGUCUCACUUUUUCACUCAACUAAGUUUUAACUAAUGUCAGUCAGGGUAUAGACUUGGAUGACUUAAACCCCCCCCCCUCCCUCCCCCAAAAAGUAAGGAAAUGGAAAAAAUUCGGAAUGUAUUAACCAUCCAAAAUGUAUGUGCACAAUCGCAUUUUGUAAUAGUACCUGAUAAAAAAAUAGCUCUUAACACAGCAUUUGUGUAAGAUUUUCUGAGGUGGGAAAAUCUUUGAGAGACAUUUGUUAUUAAAAUGGUAAUUGUAUUUAUAUGUAGCAUGUCCCCACUUUGUAUCUUGAGGAUAAUCAAAUACAGUUGAGGUUUGGAAAAUUUUUUCCAUAAAAUGCCGCAGAGAUUGCCAAAUCUUCUCGAACGUUAUGAUGGAAAGCCCCGGUCAACGUCAUCGCGGCUUUUUUCUAUAUCAUGCUUGAUCAUAGACAUGUCAAAACCAAUCAACAUUAGAAUUUGAAACGUUAAAUCAUUAAAAGGAAGUUGAGGCUAUCUUACUUUCCUUUGUCUCAGGUGUUCGCCUCUUUGGUUCUGGCGUUUCGUCGACUGACGCACAGCAACUCUCGUCCUUGAUACAUAAACUAGAAUACAUUGACAUAUAUUCCAACAGCUGGGGGCCUGGGAACAUAGGCUGGGAAGUAAAAGGUCCUGGACCGCUGGCCAGUAAAGCUUUAGAACUUGGAACAACAACGGUAUGGUAUACUGACAGAGAAUGAACAGACCUUUCACCAUUUUGUCGGCCUUGUGUCGUGUAAUUUGGUAGAUGUUCUGUCCAUCCUCGACAUUCGUUUUGAAUUGCGUUUAACCCCAUAGUCGUGGCAUACUUUAAAGUUUGGAGAAGGUUCCUUCUUAUGAGGUUGGGUCGUUGCACAUUGUGUGCUUUCGAAUUGAUGAGGUUCUUCUAUAAAAGCGGUAAAAGGUGUCAACGCAGUUAUAUAGGUACUAAAUAAAAAUAUGUUUGGUGUACCUGAGGUAACAAAAUGAUAUGAUAAAUGGUACAGAGAGGGAUCAAGGUGACAAUUGUAGUGGCAUUUCUAGAAAGGAAAAGGUAAAACGUGAGCCCCUCUCGUUACCAGCAAUAUACUGCUGUUCCAGGAUUGGCCUGAUGGCGUUGGGUUCAUACACAAAUAGAUCUCGAGAUACGAGCAUGCUGCGAAUGGUCUGUGGAAGCCACAACAUCCAAACUAAAGUGCCGUCGGAACCAAAAACAUGUUCCCCUUUUCAUGAUACUGAGGCCAUGUAAAGUCUUAUUAACUUUUUUCUGAUAACGUGAUUCCUUACUUUUUACUCUCCUUUUUGGCGAUAACUGUCUUAUUUACAGUGCGUUCACUGAACUCUGACCUGCAAAUUUCGGGGGCUAUUGUUUCGGUAUCCUCUAUGAUUGUUUCUUAUAGUCUGAAUGGAUAGAUGUAAAGUAACAUACAAUUUAUCAUGUAAGGAGUAUGUGCACGUGGAUUUGUGAUCAGUUACCGCACUCUUUGGAGGUUCUACAAACGUUUAUGCCUGGAACUUUGUGUAAAUCUAGGGUCGUGGUGGCCUGGGUGCCAUCUACACGUUUGCGGCUGGUAAUGGAGGCCUAGGGGGAGACAGUUGUGCAUACAAUGGUUAUGUAAAUAGUAUAUACACCAUUGCUAUUACCGGUGUGAAUCAUGAUGGAUCCCUGCCCACCUAUGCUGAGGAGUGCCCCGGAAUAAUGGCCACCGCUUAUAGUUGGGAUUCAUACAAAAACAAAAACGCCAGGGAUUCAGACAAACAUAUUAUUGUAAGUGGAGUGAAACAAAACUGUCGUUAGCCAAACCGUAAUGGAAAUCCCAUUUCUUAGGGCAAUGAGAACUUGUGAAGCAAAUGACUUUACCAAACUUUCCAUUUGCGCUUUUUGUUAAUUUUCUGAUUUUCCUCUCCAAUGUUUUGCGAAAUGUUCUGUUUUCGUUUGAGACAGUUUUACUCUUUCAAUUUUGUCAUAUGAAUUUAUGUGAGCAGUGGUUAGCGACUGUUUUAGUUGUGUGGCUGAUUCAGUUUUAUAUAUCAUUUAGACGACUGUUGAUAACAAGGAUGGAUGUGUUCAUAAUUUCUCGGAAUCGUCAGCGGCUGCUGCAAUCGCAUCAGGAUUGAUUGCACUAACCCUGCAAGCAAAGUAAGAUUAUUACGUCAUUGGCUUAAACUUGAGAGGGAAGUGGCUGAACAGAAAAUGAUUUACCCUAUUCCUGUAGACCACUAGUCAGGAGUUUGGCAAAGGAAAAAGGGGGAAGGUUGAGUCCCAGGUGCAUAUGAUGCCUCUAUGUCGAGACAAAGUGAAAAUUGGUAAUGCUACUAAAACACUAGAGUAAUCCCCGACCCAGUGGAAAUCCUGCCCAUGCAUCAGCUGAGAUUGAGUAUGUAUAACCACGACUCCUUUUAUAUGGUGACGGAAGCCUAAAAAUGGGAAUGGAUUUCGUCAGUGAGAGUGAGCUUCUUCUAGCCGUAUUAAAUUUGAAUAAUUUCCUUAGAUGGUGAGGAUUUUCCAGAUGGACCAUGACAAAAUUUGAGUGCAAAUAUCCAUUGUGAACAAUCAGCACAUUGGUACCGAAUACAUCGAAGGUCAAACAAAAUGUAAUGAUUAAGUUCGUAUUUCACGUGUAUUGUUAUCUUUUUCAGUACUAAUUUAACGUGGCGUGACGUUCAGCAUAUCAUAGCAAACAGUGCAAGAGCAGCGCCGGGUGGGGUCUUCCUCGAACGUGGAAAGUGGCAGCAAAACAAAGCAGGAUUUUACUUUAGUAAGUUUUAUGGCUUUGGACUCAUGGACGCUGGCAGGAUGGUGAAUCUAGCAAAGAACUGGACUCAAGUCCCGCUACAGCGGAAAUGCGAAAUUGAAGGGAGUGGAAGGUACAUGCAAGUUUUUAUUUUAAACUCCUUUUGGCUUCGCUUACACGGCCGGUCACAUGAAUAUUCGAAGGCUAUCGGACUUACAGGACGUGGACGCGGACCUCGCUUCCGUUGUAGUUUAUAUAUAUAUAUAUAUAUAUAUAUAUAUAUAUUUAUGUGCCAAUGGAUAUAAACAACCAUCUGGCGUUUUCGCUGAACAAAUCAAUUUUUUUGAGAAAGUUGAGAACUGUCUGAUGUACCGUCAGAACAUCAUAUGUCAUUUUGUGAAGCUCUUAACAGAUAUUUUGCAAAUACGGUGGCUAUUUUGAAUAAGGUAAAUUUUUGCGUGUAGUACAUUUAUAGUAGUUAUUUUAGAACUUUUGGCUCAAUGGAAAAUGCUUUUUACAGCAGUUAACCUACUCACUACAACAUUUUCGUUUUUAGGCAAAUCCCAAAUACAGUUUCAGUGGAGGUGAAAAAUUGCGAGAUCAAGUUCCUGGAACACGUGCAGAUCAGAGUAGAUCUUAAUUUCUCUCGCCGUGGUGACUUGUUACUUCAUUUAAAGUCACCGAGUAACACAACCUGUCCAUUGACGCGAGACCGCUUUGCAGAUAACUUUCAGAAGUUCACGAACUUGACAGACUGGUUCAUUACAACUUUGUUUCACUGGGGAGAGAAUCCUACAGGGAAAUGGGAGCUCAAGAUUAGUGAUGCUGACCCACGAAACCCAAGUGCAGGUUCAACAUAUUCUUUACAACUAGAUGUUGUUAGUUACUGUUGUAAUUUUUUUCUUGUGGCUGUUUUCAUUUGUGGUUUUUCAACUAGUGGAUACACGUAGUACUUUUCAGGACGGGAAUCGUCGGUAACAAAGGUGUACAUUGUGUUUGUACCACAAAGUUUUAGUGGCGAUUAAUAAAUAGCGAAGAAAACAAGUCUGUAGACAACACGCAUGAAUAGUAAUGUAACUUCUCAGAAUAUUACUUUUAUCUUGUCCUCCGAUUUGGUGGAAGUUUUAGUGCCAUUUAUCGCGCUUUAAACCACGAUGAUAGAAAAUUCUAAAUACCCUCACACCCUCCUGGUGACCCUACCGAAUGGAUGUAGCUUUUGGACAUAUUUUUUUAAAUUGAUCCAAGACUCAUUCAAGCAGAGCUAUGAAAAACCACUUUAUUCUUUCAUACAAUAUUGUUUUCUUGUAUCAUAUAACUACAAUAAAUUCUAAACAGCGUAUCCACGAGUUAGCAAUAUUUUCACUUUGAUUUUUAUAUGUUUUUGUCUGUCUCAAACUUUUGGAUUACUUUAAAAUUUGUGCAGUAGUUUUACUUCAUACGCGUUGUUUAUUUUCCAUUCUGGAAAUUUUUUCUCAACAAGGUAGUUUUAACUUGAGCACAUAUUUUGUCUGCGGAAAGCUGGAAGGAUGAGUUAUUUCGUAUUGCUUUGACAAAUCUCCAUUUCUCCGCGUUAGACUUGGAAGUUGGUUAAACUUUAUUAACAUCAAUUUGAUAACCAAGCCUUUCACGUGCUUACAGAUACAACAAUUCAUUUUUGUUAAGUUAAUAUUUUCGCAACGGUGGAGUUAUUGUUGUUCCUAUAGCAAUGUUGUCUUUUAUUUUGGUUCUUAAGGUAAACUUCAUAGCUGGUCUUUGAUAUUGUAUGGUACAUCAUCCCCUCCGCUCAAACCCGGAGUCGAAGAGGACAUCCAACCAACAAGCGUCAUUUCAACCAAAGCAAAGAAUACAGGAAGCACAAGGAAGGAACCUUCACCAACAUCCAAACCAACCGAACAAGGUAGCUUAAUCUUUUUUUUGUUGCACUCAUAGGUUUGUUUGUUGCUGUUGUUGUUGUUUUAUAUUUAAGUAAUGACUUCCAUCAUACAUAGCACGGGUAAAGGAAAGUUGUCCAAUGGCUUCGUGGGACACGAAUUUCUCUCUGAAAAGAUUGUGUCGUUUAGAACCAUGUACAGCUCACAGAACAGGAAGGUAAAGGAACCAUGAGAUCAGAUGAAUAAACAAUAGCCCCCAUUUGGCGCUAAAAUAUGCACGAAUGUUUGUCCGCGGACAUUUUCUGUUCCUAGAACAGUUUGUGACUCUGUUGUUGACAAAACUGCUGGCAAACUGUUUGCGCCCAGCACAAGCUCACUAAGUUAAAAGCUUUCUGGCGGCGUAAUUAUUAUUAAAUAAUUAUUAUUAUCAUCAUUAUUAUUAGCAGUAUUCUUCUUCUUCUUCUAAUUAUUACUGUUAUUGUAAUUAUCAUUAUCGUUAUUAUUAUUAUCAUCAUUAUUAUUAUCACUAUCAUUCUUCUAAUUAUUGUUAUUAUGAUAAUGAUUAUCAUGAUUAUUAUUAUUAAUUUUAUUAUCAGUAUUGUUAUCAUUAUUUUUUACACAGUUCCAUUGAUGAGGAUCGUCAAAAUUGUCUUACCUGUUGUAUGUGCUUUGACUUUGCUGUCCAUCGCCGGAAAAUGUUAUUGCCGCUGUCUGAGAAAAAAUAAGACGAAAGAUAAUCAAGAAUCUGAUAACAAGGAAAUUGAUUAUCAGUCAACAAGGUGUCCUGAGAAAAAUCCUCAAGGAGAUAUGGUUUAGAUCAGAAGAAAAAUAUCAAGUGUUAUGGUGUAUUUCGUUUUUGGUAAGAUUAUUUAUUAUUUGAAGCGGGGCUACGUUCAGGUCUUAUGCCAUCUAAACGGACUUGGUUUUGAUUAUGUCCAGUUGUCCCUUCUAUUCGCGAACCAACCACUUGCCCCAAAAUCCAUUGGUUGAACGAACAGGAAAAGAUGCGAACUUUUGCCGUAGAAGUUAAUUCCUAAGCGUUUCACGCGUUAAAAUUAUUUGCGAUUUCAGCGUUGACAUUCGUAUUAGCUAAUAAAGGAAAAAAACCUGUCAGCACCGAUAUGGUGUUAAGUUGCAAGGCCCAGCUCCGUUAAUAUAAGCACGUUUUGUUCAGGGAAUGAUAUCGAAAUAAUAUAUUAAAGGCACAUAGCUCUGCCUUAAAUGUUUGUGGAAAAUUUGAUUCUUCGAAAGAUGUACACAUGAAGGUAAUUUUUGUAGAAAAGUAAAUAGCGUAUAGGUUUUGUGGAAGGAAUUAAGAAGAUUGGGUCGUUGAAAACCUCCAUUGAUUUGACGAAAAAAGUGUUUACGGUUUCUUAGAUUUGUCAUACAUUAAAGAAGAAAUGCUGAAUAAGAAGCAAAUAAGAAUUUGAAAGGCGAGGGAUGGAGGAGAUUUACAAAUGGAAAUGAC